CAAGAGGAGCGGCGAUCAACGCGGUAGGCAAAUAACGUAAAUUAGUCAAAAAAGAGGGGCCAAAUUCUUACCAAAGAACAAAAAGAAAAGUAAAAAGGAAAAAUAAAAAGAAGAAUGCGAACAAAAAGGAGGCGGUUUCCUAGGUCUUCACGAUCUUGGUUUCUGGUAGGCCGGACAACAACAUAUCUCUCUUCUUUCUUGUAAAAAAAAAAUCGAGAUUCUCAGAAUUUGAUCCGACCUGACCUCCUAAUCGUGUCGGAAACCAGACAGUGAAAAGUCCGAUUCUUUAUAAUCCAAGGGUACUCCUCGUAAAUUCAGUCAGUUUUUUUUUUCUUACCGUUAUAAAUACAAAAUUUUCCAACGUAUAAAGGAAAGAAAAUUAAAUACAGGUGAAAAGAUUGAGAAAUAUUUUUGUGUUUGGAAGAGAGAGAAAAGUAAAAAUUAAAGAGAGGGAUAACCAAGAAAGAAACGGGCACUUUUAGUACAGGCCACGGACGCUUUCUGCCAUCAUUUAAUGCUUGACCAAACUCACCACCACCCUUUCUUCUUUACCUCCAUUUCUCCUCUAUCUUCAAGCACCUCCUUUCUCUUGCCCUUUUCUCUUCAGGAAAUGGAAUGCGUUGAAGCAGCCUUGAAGACCAGUUUUAGGAAGGAGAUGGCUUUGAAAUCAAGCCCCAAAGCGUUUUUGGAGGACAUUUGGGUUGUUAAUGGACAAAAUGGGGUUUCUUGUGAUGACUUUUCUGUUGACGACUUGUUUGAUUUCACUAACGAAGAGGGCUUCCUCGAACAACAACAUGAAGAUGAAGAAGAAGCACCAGCUUCCUCUUCGCCUAAGAGACAAAAGCUAAGCCAAGAGGAACAUUUUUCUAACGAGACUACCAGUUUUGAUUACAGUUCCUUAUCCACCAACGAAUUCGCUGUUCCGGCGGAAGAUGUGGCGAAUCUUGAAUGGCUGUCUCAUUUUGUUGAGGAUUCCUUCUCGGAACACUCUACGGCGUAUCCCACCGGAACGUUAAUGGAAAAGCCGAAGUUGCCAGACAACAAAUUGCCUGAACCGGAAAAACCGGUUACCACGACAUGUUUUACAACUCCUGUUCCAGCCAAAGCCAGGAGCAAGCGCACUCGAACUGGUGGUCGAGUUUGGUCCCUUGUCGCUUCCCCUUCUCUUACAGAAUCCUCUUCAAGUUCCACAUCAUCAUCUACCUCCUCUAGCCCUUCAAGCCCUUUGCUCGUUUGCUCAAACAGUGUUUCAGGUUCAACCUUUGAACUGUCUGAACCGCUUUCCGUGGAGAAGCAUAAGAAGAGACCAGCAACCGAAUGGAGCGGUGGGAAUGGGACCCAGCCGACACGUAGGUGCAGCCAUUGUGGAGUUACUAAGACGCCACAAUGGAGAGCCGGUCCAAUGGGGGUUAAGACUUUGUGUAACGCUUGCGGAGUGAGGUUUAAGUCGGGCCGGCUUUUACCCGAGUAUAGGCCGGCUUGUAGCCCGACAUUUUCAAGCGAGUUACACUCGAACCAUCACCGGAAAGUGCUAGAGAUGCGGCGCAAUAAAGAAACUUUGGGCCAGGCCAUACCCGGUUCAGCUCCUCCGGUUGUGCCCAGUUUUGGAUAACUUUAGAAUUAAAAAAAAAAAAAACAUAGUAAUAGAUUUUAGAGCAGUAGGGAAAGUACUGAAUAGGUUGAUUGUGUCCGGUUCAAAAGGCCCGAGUUAGUUUCGGUUCGCGUUGUACAUUAGUUCAAAAGUUUUCAGGGUGGGUGCGGUAGGUUUCUAGGGAUGUAACUGAGUUAGGAAGGAUUUUAAUUGUUUUUUUUUUUUUUUUUUAAUUUCCACUUUUUUCCUCUUUAAAUUUAUUUUUUUACAGUUUUUGUUAAUUAAUGAGUGAUUUAUUGAGUGAGAUUGAAACCGUUCAACAAAUUUUAAGGAAUGGCAGUUGGAAAGCAAAAAUAUUGUGAAUGGGAAAUGUUGUGCUAAGCAAGGGAAACUACUACAUUAGGCGUGAGGGCCACGUUCCUUGCUAUUGCUUGAUAUAUAUUUUUUUGGCUUUGAAAUGAAAAGCCAAAGUGUUCAUUGUUCACAAGUUUGGUGUAUUUUUAGGUUUUUGAAGUGGUUGUUUCCGGAGCAAUUUCGUGUUUGAUGUUUAAUUGUUGGACGGAUUAUGGACUUUGAUGUUGGUUUUGGACAAUUCUUAGUUGUUCCUUGUAAAUAGAACAAUUUGGACUAGUAUUUGAAUUAAAGAUAACGAUAAUCUUGAAAGUGGUGUAGCUCUGCCCUGUUUCCUUUUGUUGUUUCCCUCCUGGAUGAAUUAAAAUUUGAAGUAGGGUGGGAGCUGAGAAGGAUUGGGAGGGAGUAUGGAGCAAUCUUUAUGUGGAAAGGGUCCCCCCUCCAAUCAACCAAUUUAUGACUCGGAACAGCUCACCAGAGUCUCAUUUAUCUAUUCUUGUUUCCUUCAUCGAGUCUGGUGACAAUGAUAACAUCCUGGAAUAUAUCUGCCUAUGAGUUAAGACACUCAAGCAAAUCUCUGCAUGUUUGAUACCAAGAAAAAGCUAUAGCCUGUCUGAAGAUUAACAGGCUCUGUUAAAAAUCUAUUUUUCUUGACAUUGUUGACAAGCCCCAACUGCAUAUAUAACUUGUGCUUGUUUAUAACCAUUGAACCAACUAGAGUGUUGCAACAACUAAAAUUCCCCUUCUUUAGUGGUUUAGGUCAGUCAUCAGCUGAGAUUUCAGACUCAUAAAAGAUAAAAAAAAACUUGAAAUCCAUUAGGAAGGAGACAACUUCUGGGGCAUCGUAAUAUGUGAGUAAUUUUCAUGCCAGGCAACUCAGGCAAAGCUAAAAAUAGCUUUUAAAUUGGAUCGUUAGU